UAGUCCCAAAAUAUUGUCACCAGCGCAGAGAAAUAGAAUCAAAAGAAUCCAUUUAGCUUACUCACGCACGAGUGAUGGCAAAUGUGGAGAUUUUAGAACUUGACAGAAACAAUAGUAAAGUAGUGGAAGAGAUAGUGAAAUUGGAGAGAAAGAUAUUUCCCAAACACGAAUCACUUGCUUCAUUCUUUGAAAAUGAACUCAAAAAGAAGAACAGUGGAUUGCUUUAUCUUCACGUUGAUGCCCAACUUGCAGGUUAUGUCAUGUAUUCUUGGCCUUCUUCAUUGUAUGCUUCUAUCACCAAGCUCGCAGUGAAGGAGCAAUGGAGGAGGCAAGGACAUGGAGAGGUUCUACUGAAAGCGGCAAUCGAGAAAUGCAGAACAAGAAAAGUUUCGCGGAUAAUGCUUCACGUUGAUCCGUUGAGGACCCCUGCGCUGAAUCUGUAUAAGAAGCAUGGCUUUCAUGUUGACUGUUUGGUUGAAGGCUAUUACUCUUCUGAUAGAAAUGCUUAUAGAAUGUACUUGGACUUCGAUUCAAAUUGAAGGAGAAAUUCAACAAGCACUUUUAUAUACAUUAUCAUGGUCAAUUCAAAAAACAAAUUUGGAACAUUGUGUUUGUAACAUGGUCAAUUCAAAGAACAGAUCUGUAAUAUUGUGUUUGUUUGAGCACUAAUGAUCUAUAAAGUA